AUGGCAGCCACACUGAAGAUCUUCGCCUUCUUGUUUCUGUACUGCCUUAGCAUUGGAGAAUCUGCAACAAAAGCUAAAAAUCUUGGCAAAUAUGAAGUCCUCUUCCUGACCCAUUCUCACUGUACUCUUUCAUCUGUGCGUGCAGGAAAUGCUUAUGAGCCAUGCAAGCUCUCGGACCUAGUCGUCGCGCAGACUGUCAAGGCCCGCCACGAAGGCGGGUGCCUAGAGAUCGCUGUGACGGUGGAGAACAGGUGCAUCUGCACGCAGAGCAACGUGAAGCUGGCGUGCAAAGGGUUCAGCUCCUCCGUGCACGUCUACCCUGCUGGAAUCCUCCAAACCGACGGCAACGGGCUAUGCAGCCUCGGUGGCGGAAACUCCAUCGGCAACGCUGUCAAGUUCUCCUACUGGUCGACCGCACAGAUCAGCUUCGCGCCUGUGUCGUCCACCAUCGGCUGCUCGGCUGGUUAGAGUGUAUGAUGGGUUGAUGCCUCUUU